AUGGCAGUGACUGGACUAAGAACAAUUGCUUGUUUCAUCUUUUAUCUUGUAGUAGUAAUAAAUGCUCGUAAGUGUUAUACACAAUCACAAUAUACGGAUGAUUCUGAUUACAAGGAUCUAGAUUUUUAUGAAGAUAUGCCAAUCAGUUACAUUGGAAACUUUAAUAAAGAUCAUUUGAACGAUAUGAGUCAGGACGAUUUUUACAUUUUGGGCAACUUUGAGGAUGCAAACACGCAAAAUGAUCUUCAAAUCAACGACGAUUCUCUUAAGAAAAGAUCACCAGUUCCACAAUUAGAUUGGUAUAAACCAGAAAAAGUGUAUCGAUACACCAAGCAUCGGAUUCCUGGUUAUGAUUAUGAGGAACUCGAUUAUGUGAUCACUAGAAAUAUCCAACAAUGCGACGAAAAGUCCGUUUGGACUCAUUGUCUGUGUCAAUUCACAUGCUCCGAGCCGGAUGUAGUAGAUUGCUACACACCAUGCAAAAGUGGAUGCGAGUGUAAGGAAGAAUAUGUGUUCGAUGAUAAAACGCAACAAUGUUCAUUGCCGGAACAGUGUUCUCCAAGGGAAGAUAAUUUUUAUAUCACAUAA